ACUUAUAUUAGUUCGAAACUGUCUCUCGGUUUCCUGCAGACCGUGAAUUCAGAAACUGAGCUUUCGUACCUGACUUACGCCCCGGGACAAGCGAUGACCGAACCACCAUCGCGGCGCACUCUCACCCCCUCCAUCCUCUGUGUUUCUAGCGCCUUCUAGUUGAAGCAUCCACGUGCGAUGGCGGCGCGCGGCGUGCAGGAGUACGUCGCGGCGGUGAGCCGCGCGAUAGAAGCGAAGGACGGCGAGGCGCUGGCGGCACUGUUUAGGGUGUUCCGACCAGGCUACCCUGAAGUCGUCGCUAAUGGGCUCGACCACGUGCGGGACAUGGCGCGGUUGCUCAACCGGGUGCCGGAGAGGCUGGGCGAGAUGCUCCUGCCGUUGAUGCAAGCCAUGGCCGCGAUCCAACGGCACCAAUUCACCGACGCCUUUGGGGAGAUGCUCCAAUCCGCCAACCUAUUGCUGCCGGUGCUGCGCAACUGGGAGGGCACGUGGGCGCUGCCCCCCCUGCACGUGGUGGUGCACGACCUCAGAGUGCUGGCGGAGAAGGCGGACAUGGAGCAGCGGGCGGCAAGCAAGUCACCGGAUAAGCUCAAGGCAGCAGCGUCCUUCCUGAUGAAGGUCUUCGGCGCCAUCGCUGGCAAGGGCCCGAAGAAGGUGGGGUCGCUGUACGUGGCGUGUCAGCUGUUCAAGAUAUACUUCAAGCUGGGCACGUUGAAUCUGAGCAAGAGCAUCAUCCGCGUGAUCGAUUCCUCCAAGGGCUUCGAUGACUACCCCGCCCGAGACCAGGUGACGUACAAGUACUACACGGGACGCCUUGACGUCUUCAACGAUGCCUUCCUGCAGGCGGAUGAGAAGCUUGGGUUCGCCUUGAAGCGCUGCCACCGCUCCAAGCCAUUCAACAUACGUCGCAUUCUGCGCUACCUGGUGCCGGUGCGCCUGUCCCUGGGCUACCUGCCAUCGCCCGCGCUGCUCCACAACUACCAGCUGCAGGAGUACGAGGGCAUCGUGCAGGCCAUGAGAACAGGCGACGUUCGGCUGCUAAGAGACACACUCAGCGCCAAUGAAGACAGGUUCCUGAGAGCGGGUGUGUAUCUGCUGCUGGAGAAGCUCGAGCUGCACGUGUACCGCCGCCUCAUCAGGAAAAUCCACGUGCUACAGCGUGCCAAGGACCCGUCGCGGGCGCACCAGGUGCGGUUGGAGGUGGUGGUGCGCGCGCUGGCGGGGCGCGGGGCGGGCGUGGACAUGGACGAGAUGGAGGGGCUGGUGGCCACGCUCAUCGCGCUGGGGUUCGUGAAGGGGUACCUGUCGCACAAGAGCAAGGUCAUCGUGCUCAGCAAGCAGGACCCCUUCCCGCGCCUCACCGGCCGCGUGCUCCUCUGAUGCCCGCUAACAUGCUAGUUUAGAUUUGAUGGAUGCUCCCUGUGUUGGUCCAUGGGGGCUGUGUAGUGUUUUGCAAGACAUGGUGCCCAUGUGUGUUUGUGUAGGCUUAUUGUUUCGCUAAUGGUUAAUCAUCUUACAA